UUCUCAGUGCACAAAAGCGUUUCAGUGCACGUCCUACUUGUAAAGCUCUACAGCAGGGCGAUUUUGCGCGUUCCCGUGACUCUCGCCAUAGAAAACAAAGCUGAACGUCUUCCAUAACAGCUAGGGGUGCAGACUUGAGGAAUAUACGAAUUUAACCUGGACACAUCGAAUAUGGAUUUACAGUGGGUGUAGCAUCGUUGGAGACUGAGCCCUCUCGGCUGGGGUGACAGCAGGACAUUAGCGAAACCGACGAAAAUAACAUCAGUGUGUUUUUUUUCUCGGGGUGCUUUGUCUUGUCCACCUAACGAUAGCAAACCAUCAUUCCCAUUUCAAUUGCAAGAUAUUCAGCUAGUGAUUACUAGCUGCCGCCGGGAUGUAUCAUCAUGUUGUCACCUAAAACGGACUGCUAGGACGACGGAUUGUGAAGGAUAAGCUGAAAACCUCGCCGAGGUCCUGACGGGUUGUCACCGGGACCUGAAUCUGUGUUAGCCACAGUCGCGGAACCCACUGUUUUCGGCGAUAUGGCGGAGCAAGGCUACUCAUCUUGGGCGUACUCCCUAGUUGACUCCAGCCAGGUGUCCACCUUCCUCAUCUCCAUCCUUCUCAUUGUCUAUGGCAGCUUCAGGUCAUUAAACAUGGACUGUGAGAACCAGGAGAAGGACAAAGACGGCAACCCCACGACAACGGGGGCUUUUAAUAACAGCAACACAAACAACAGUAUUCAGACUAUAGACUCCACACAGGCCUUGUUCCUGCCCAUAGGAGCCUCAGUGUCUCUGCUAGUCAUGUUCUUCUUCUUUGACUCAGUACAAGUGGUCUUCACCAUCUGCACUGCAGUUCUUGCAACAAUUGCAUUUGCAUUCCUCUUGUUGCCAAUGUGCCAGUAUCUGACCAGACCCUGCUCCCCGCAGAACAAGAUUUCCUUCGGCUGCUGUGGGCGUUUCACACUGGCUGAGCUCCUCUCCUUCUCCCUCUCCGUCAUGUUGGUGCUCAUCUGGGUGCUGACUGGACACUGGCUUCUCAUGGACGCUUUAGCCAUGGGCUUGUGUGUCGCUAUGAUAGCCUUCGUCCGGCUCCCCAGUCUGAAGGUGUCCUGCCUGCUGCUGUCCGGACUGCUCAUUUAUGAUGUGUUCUGGGUGUUCUUCUCAGCCUACAUCUUUAACAGUAAUGUGAUGGUCAAAGUCGCCACUCAGCCUGCUGAAAAUCCCAUAGACGUCCUGUCCAGGAAGCUCCACUUGGGGCCCGGGAUGGGCCGCGACGUCCCUCGCCUCUCCUUACCUGGAAAACUGGUCUUUCCUAGCUCCACAGGAAGUCACUUCUCCAUGCUGGGAAUAGGAGACAUCGUGAUGCCAGGGCUGCUCUUAUGCUUCGUCCUGCGUUAUGAUAACUACAAAAAACAAGCCAAUGGGGAGGUCCCGGGGCCCGGUAACAUGUCCGGACGCAUGCAGCGCGUCUCCUAUUUCCACUGCACUCUCAUCGGAUACUUUGUGGGUCUGCUGACAGCCACUGUGGCUUCUAGGAUCCACCGUGCUGCUCAGCCUGCUCUGCUCUACUUGGUGCCCUUCACCCUGCUGCCUCUGCUCACUAUGGCCUAUCUGAAGGGGGAUUUGCGGCGCAUGUGGUCCGAGCCCUUCCACGCCAAGACCAGCAGCUCCCGCUUCCUGGAGGUAUGAUGCACCCUGGGAUCCACAUGGAGCAGCGCGCGGGGAGGACUGCGGAUCCUUUACCUUAAUUUGAGGGAAGGAGAGAGGGCGCACUCACAGUGAGGCCGUGUCGUCAUCACUUGUUCAUGCUUUCCGCCAAUCUUCUGUGAAAAAAAAAAGAACCCUCAGAAGGACACCAGUGUGUGGAUCACAACGCCCCCAGAAAACACGACUCAUCCAUGGUCUCUACAUCCUCUCCUGUUUCAUCUGCGUUUCCUCUUUUCUGUUUAUUUCCUCUUCGUUACAGCACAUCCUGCCCUCUGUAGUUUCUGUUCUGGCCCCCUCCUCUUUUUUUCCGUUUUCCUCUCUUCUAUAGUCGCCACUUCCCUCCCUCCAUUCAUCGGGCCUCUCUUUUCUUCCUUCUUCUUUUCUCUGCAUCUCUUUUGUCGCCGACUCAGAUGAACUCGAGGGCCAGGCCUCCCCCCUCCACCUUUUUGUGGACUUUGGGUUGUGAGACGUGGCUGGGGUUUAUAUAUAUUUUUUUAGCAUUGUCGUGGUCAUUAUUAUUAUUAAUAUUAUUAUUCUUGAACGAUUAAAAAACAAACAGAGAAGAGGUGGAGCGUUGCGGCGGCACAGGACAGUGCUCGGGAGCAGCGACAAAGAACAGGAGAAGAGUCUUCCCCCUCCAUUUUUCCUCCCCUAUCGUCCCUCCACACCGGCUCCUCCCCAGCGCUCCCACCCUCCUCCUCCUCUGUUCAUCUGCUGUCCCCAUCCCCCACCCUCACAGAUAACUAUGUAUUUUAUUUAGAAAAGUUUUAUUCUUGACAUAUACAGAAAUGAUGCAUUAUAAAUUGUUAAGCUGCCCCCUGCGUUUGAGGGGCCGCUUCUAUUUGUAUAUAUGUGUAUUUGCGGUAUCUUGAGUUUGUAUUUGUGUUUGGGCGCAUGUUGAACAGGGCGGGAAACUGGCGCCAGCCAACAGUUGGAUUCUGGUUCAAUUUUCAAAUCAACUGGUGAGCAAACAUCUUUUUAAGACUGUUUUCUAAAGUUUGUUGGCUCGUGUUAUUGAAAAGCAGCUGAUGGAUUUUUUCUGUAGGUGGAGGAAAAACAUCAAAAUCAGCAGCUGGUUGAAGAAAACGUUUCCUGCUCUAGUGUUAAAGCGUGAGUGUUUGUGUGUGUGGGAGAAAAUGAGCGAACGGUUGUUUUACUUGGUUUUUAUUUGUAAUAAUGAACAUGUUUAAGCAGCAGCAGUAGUCAGGUUUCCAUCGAGCUGGGCGUCUUUUGUGUCUAAAUUUACAGAAAAGAAAAAAAAAAGCAGACAGGGUCACUUAUUUGCAGACAGGUGGAAAUGUAAACAGUGUUUUUUCCUCGAAUAAAUGAAUGUUGAAUUAA